AUGAAGUACAGCGAGUGUGGAGCGUGUUGUGAUCGGCCGCUGCCUCUGUGCCGAGCAAACCACCAUGGAGCACCGGAGACAGAGACGGUCUCCCGGCUCCUCCGAUCCCGUCACAGGCUGCCGGUGCUGGCAGCAGACACGCACGGAGCACACCCUUACCCUGCUGCUCCAGCACAUUCGCUGUCCGUGUGCAGAACACGGAGUAUUAAUGAUCUCUACCUCUGCCGCACGGUGCAAGGAAACUACACAGAGAAGGCCUCCCGGCGCCUCCGAUCCCGUCACAGGCUGGCGGUGCUGGCAGCAGACACGCACGGAGCACACCCUUACCCUGCUGCUCCAGCACAUUCGCUGUCUGUGUGCAGAACACGGAGUAUUAAUGAUCUCUACCUCUGCCGCACGGUGCAAGGAAACUACACAGAGAAGGCCUCCCGGCGCCUCCGAUCCCGUCACAGGCUGGCGGUGCUGGCAGCAGACACGCACGGAGCACACCCUUACCCUGCUGCUCCAGCACAUUCGCUGUCCGUGUGCAGAACACGGAGUAUUAAUGAUCUCUACCUCUGCCGCACGGUGCAAGGAAACUACACAGAGAAGGUCUCCCGGCUCCUCCGAUCCCGUCACAGGCUGGCGGUGCUGGCAGCAGACACGCACGGAGCACACCCUUACCCUGCUGCUCCAGCACAUUCGCUGUCCGUGUGCAGAACACGGAGUAUUAAUGAUCUCUACCUCUGCCGCACGGCUCCUCCGAUCCCGUCACAGGCUGGCGGUGCUGACCGCAGACACGCACGGAGCACACCCUUACCCUGCUGCUCCAGCACAUUCGCUGUCUGUGUGCAGAACACGGAGUAUUAAUGAUCUCUACCUCUGCCGCACGGUGCAAGGAAACUACACAGAGAAGGCCUCCCGGCGCCUCCGAUCCCGUCACAGGCUGGCGGUGCUGGCAGCAGACACGCACGGAGCACACCCUUACCCUGCUGCUCCAGCACAUUCACUGUCCGUGUGCAGAACACGGAGUAUCCCGUCUCCUCCGAUCCAGUCACAGGCUGGCGGUGCUGGCAGCAGACACGCACGGAGCACACCCUUACCCUGCUGCUCCAGCACAUUCGCUGUCCGUGUGCAGAACACGGAGUAUUAAUGAUCUCUACCUCUGCCGCACGGUGCAAGGAAACUACACAGAGAAGGUCUCCCGGCUCCUCCGAUCCCGUCACAGGCUGGCGGUGCUGACCGCGGCUGAAGCUGUGGACGUAACUGACCAAGGCAUCUGAGGGGUUAUCGCCAAUCAGGGACUUUGCCCCCAAUGUCUUCUGUCUUAAAGGGCCCUGUCAGUAGAUCUGUCCCUCUGACGCCAGGUGACCUGCUACAUGUGCGCUCGGCAGCUGGAGGCGUCCGUGUUGGUCCAUGUUCACGUGUCUGCAUUGCUGAGAAAUA